UCACGUCAGAGCGGCGAGGAGGAGCUGUGGGCCGUGGCGAGGUUUGCGUGCGCGGCGGGGGUCUGUGAGGAGAUUUGUGCGGCGGCGGUGAAGAACAAUAAUAAUAAAUAGACAGGGGAGAUAUCGCCGCCCGGUGUCGGUGAGCGGGGUUCUCCCCACCCUCCAGGUGGAAGCGGGGUCGUCGUUGCGUCUUCUCCCCCCCUCGACCGUCUCUAGGCCUGUCCGGCCUGCAGAGGGGGAGGAAGGGUGAGCAAGAGGCCGCCCCUCAGAGAUCCCCGGGGGACAGCGCCGAUUCCUGUGUGUCCGGCUUCCCUCAUACAGGUCCAGCGUGAACUUUCUCUUCUUGAAGCAUUAUGUCCUCCAUCUUGCCCUUCACGCCGCCGGUUGUGAAACGCCUCCUCGGCUGGAAGAAGUCCGCCAGUGGGGCUGGAGGGGGAGAGCAGAACGGCCAGGAAGAGAAGUGGUGCGAGAAGGCGGUUAAAAGCUUGGUGAAAAAGCUGAAGAAAACUGGACAGCUCGACGAGCUGGAAAAAGCGAUCACCACACAGAACUGCAAUACCAAAUGUGUUACCAUCCCAAGCACUUGCUCUGAAAUUUGGGGACUGAGUACACCAAAUACCAUAGAUCAGUGGGAUACCACAGCCCUUUACAGCUUCUCUGAACAAACCAGGUCUCUCGAUGGCCGCCUGCAAGUGUCUCACCGUAAAGGGUUACCGCAUGUUAUUUACUGCCGCCUCUGGCGCUGGCCAGACCUUCACAGUCACCACGAGCUGAAAGCGAUUGAAAAUUGUGAAUACGCCUUUAAUCUUAAGAAAGAUGAAGUGUGCGUCAACCCUUAUCACUAUCAGAGAGUGGAAACUCCCGUCUUACCACCGGUAUUAGUGCCGCGGCACACGGAGAUCUUAACAGAACUUCCCCCUCUAGAUGACUACACACAUUCCAUUCCGGAAAACACUAAUUUCCCAGCGGGUAUCGAGCCUCAGAGCAACUAUAUACCAGAAACUCCACCUCCCGGGUACAUUAGUGAAGAUGGAGAGACUAGCGAUCAGCAACUUAACCAAAGCAUGGACACAGGGUCACCAGCCGAGCUUUCUCCUAGUACACUUUCCCCAGUCAAUCACAGCUUGGAUUUGCAGCCUGUUACUUAUUCUGAGCCAGCCUUCUGGUGUUCAAUAGCUUACUACGAGUUGAACCAGCGAGUGGGGGAAACGUUCCACGCAUCACAGCCUUCGCUCACUGUCGAUGGCUUCACGGAUCCAUCAAAUUCUGAGAGAUUCUGCUUAGGUUUACUCUCUAAUGUGAACCGUAAUGCCACAGUGGAAAUGACCAGGCGCCAUAUAGGAAGAGGAGUUCGGUUGUAUUACAUUGGUGGAGAAGUAUUUGCAGAGUGCCUCAGCGAUAGUGCGAUUUUUGUCCAGAGUCCAAACUGUAAUCAGCGGUAUGGAUGGCAUCCAGCGACUGUGUGUAAGAUUCCUCCAGGCUGUAACCUGAAGAUCUUCAAUAAUCAAGAGUUUGCUGCCCUCCUUGCUCAGUCAGUAAACCAGGGAUUUGAAGCAGUUUACCAAUUAACCAGAAUGUGCACCAUCAGAAUGAGCUUUGUGAAAGGCUGGGGUGCCGAAUACAGGCGGCAGACAGUCACAAGCACUCCAUGUUGGAUUGAGCUUCAUCUAAACAGACCUUUACAAUGGCUGGACAAAGUGUUGACUCAAAUGGGCUCUCCUUCAGUCCGCUGCUCCAGCAUGUCCUAAUGGGGCUUCUAUCUUUAUUUUUUAACCCCCUUGUACGACCUGUGGGUUCAAUACGAAGUCUUGGCAACAGACUUAAUUCAGCUCGUCUGUCCAUUAGUAUUUGUGUGUGGUCCCCAGGAACUGUUUACAAAUCCAAAA